AUGAUGGCAAGUGCAGGCUCAGGUCUUGGCCUUGGACCAGUGUCAGUGUUUCAAGAUGUUCAGAAAAGGAUUGUAGAAGAAGAACUAAAGCUGAAGCCUGAAGUUCAAAUUAUUCAAAGAUGUGAGUGCUCACUUGAUGAGCUGCAUGCUUUGAAUGCCUCCAUUCGGAAGAGGAUUGCUGUUGUGAAGCAAGGAGUAGCAUCUUUAGAGAAACUGGCUCUAGAAGUAGAGAAAGCUGAGGAGAGUGAGUUGAUACACAGUGAAGCAAAACGGCACCAAGAUGAGUUGACCAAUGUGCAGAGGUGUCUAAGACGCUACAAUCUUGCGUGUCAACUGGCGUUGGAGAAGCGGACCAAGGAUGAAUUGACAAGAUUAGAAACACAAGACUCUGAUGUCCGGAAAAGGAAAGACAAAGAAGAGUUGCUUCAGAUGUCAUCAAGUGUCACAGGGAACCUACUUUCAAUCAGCAGAAUCAUGGCUGAACAAGUGGAGAAGUCUCAUCUUACUCUGCAAAGCUUGGGGAAUUCCUCCCAGGCUCUUGAAGAUACCCAGGAGGAAUUUAAAGGCAUGGGAGUUGCAAUCACUCAGGGACAUAAGCUUCUAACUAAAUAUGGUAGAAGGGAAUUCACAGACAGGGUUCUUGUGUGGGUAUAUAAGGUCACAGUUAGUUUGAUAGAGAUGGCAACAUAUCGUGAAUUUAUUCUUCAAAAUGAGGAACAAGAUGGGACACGUUUGACAUGGAACGUGUGGCCAUCUAGCAGGCUGGAGGCAACACGGUUGGUGGUCCCUCUAGCUGCACUCUACACACCACUUAAGGAGAAGCCUAGUCUUCCACCACUCCAGUAUGAUCCCAUCCUCUGCACACGAAACAAUUGCCGUGCCAUCCUCAAUCCCAUGUGUCAGGUUGACUACAGGGCUCGUAUCUGGGUCUGCAACUUCUGCUUCCAGCGCAACACGUUCCCACCCAACUAUGCUGGUAUAUCUGAGCAUAACCAACCCCCUGAGCUGGUACCUCAGUUCUCCACUGCUGAGUACAUUAUCACUAGAGCCACAUGCCUCCCACCAAUAUUUUUACUAGUGGUGGACACUUGCUUGGAAGAAGAGGAGCUGGGUGCAUUGAAGGAGAGUCUCCAACUCUCCCUGUCACUCCUCCCUCCAAAUGCCCUCAUUGGUCUCAUCACAUUUGGCCGUAUGAUUCAGGUGCAUGAGUUGGGAACAGAGGGGAUCAGUAAGAGCUAUGUGUUUCGUGGAACAAAGGACUAUCCUGCCAAGCAGGUGCAAGAGAUGUUAGGUUUGGGAAAAGGGGGAAGUACAGGGCCAAUGCCCAUCCCUCCCGGUGGCAACCCGCAACAAGCUCAACAUAUUGCCCAGACUCCUUUCAACAGAGAGACCCUUGGCCUGUCUCUCAAGGGAAGAGACCUCUUCGUUCCACUGGAGCUGCUCUCUCUAUUGCAGUUGGCCUUCUUGAGGUGA